AUGACUACACCUCAUCCUUAUAGAGACGAUGAAGAGGCUGGCCCUCACAUCCCACCUCUGACAGACGACGAGUCAGAGACCGAGACGACCGCUGACCUACAUAUACGUUCCUCCUCACAGUCUUCUACAGAGAACGAGCCUAACGGACGCCGUCUCCCUGUGCCGGCCUGGCUUCGGAAGCCUGGUGGCUCUUCGAAGUAUGACUGGGUAGCGGAGAAAGCACGGCAUGUCGCACGGGCGGUAGUGACAUGGACAAAAGGGCCCGUGCCUUCACAGGAGCCGAAGAUCAUACCUCUGUUUCCCAAGAUACAGCAAGCGCCUAUACAACUGCUGGAUCAGUAUCUACCAAACAAGAGGCACCGGAUAUGCUUGCUCGGCGCUUUCUACGCAGUCUGGUUUCUGAUAUGGUCGCUCAUGCUUCGAGACCAGCUCACGUCUGGCAGCAUACAAGGUUAUGGCAGGCCUAGCAACGUGGGUUGCGCAACAAGCUUCUGGGCUGGCAGCAACAGAUGUGGUGUCAAUGGUAACGAAUGUCGUCCAUUCACAGGCCUGCGGCCUUUCCGGUGUCCAGCCAAAUGCGACAGGGCCAACCUGCUUGAAGAACGCUGGGUAGGCAAUGGGUCCCACAUUUAUGAGCCAUUGGUUAUAGGAGGCCCUGACCCGGAAGAACCUGAGGCGGGCGCUAUCUAUCGCGGUGACAGCUGGCUUUGUCUAGCCGCUGUCCAUGCUGGAGUGAUCGAACUCGUACAAGGCGGCUGUGGAGUGGCUGAACUUAUCGGCGAGCAUGACUCCUUCACUGGCUCGAAACAGCACGGCAUCAAGAGCUUCGACUUUCCCGCAAGUUUCCGAAUGGCAUACAGGUUCCUGUCCGUACCUGACAAGGACAUGAAGUGCCCAUCCACGUCAAAAUGGCCCAUGUUCGCCGUCACUGCCGUGGCUCUGUCCCUCCUAAGCAUAUUCACCACCUCUCCGGCUGUAUUCUUCUUCUCGCUAUACUACAUCACGAUAUUUCACGUUGGUCUUGUCUCGGACCCGCCUAGUGGACGGGACUUCUACGGACUUGUGAGCACACUGUUCGGUACAAUGCUUCCUGGCAGCUUCAUGGCAUACGUCAUCUAUAUCACAUCUGCCCGGCCUCUGCUUCGUGGCCUGACCGCGCAGUUCGAAAAGACGAUCCUAUACCUGUCAUUCUUCUCCAUCGGCGCUCUCAACAACUAUACAUUCGAAGGCUGGAUCCCCAUCGCACGACUCACACCUCGCGACCUUCGUCAACCAGGCGCUGUCCUUGCCCUGGUCAUCAUCAUAGGCAUCAUCGCCACCGCAGCCGUCGUGCAAAUCCUGUCCAUCCGCCGCGCAGGUCGCUUGCCCAAGUAUCUGGCCAUAUAUGCAACAUUCGGCGUUGGCCUGCUCCUCCUCUUCGCCCUACCUGGCGAAAGACUUCGCCUGCAUCAUUACUUCUACCCCCUGAUGCUCCUCCCAGGGACUGGCUUCCAGACUCGCCCAGGUCUCGUCUUCCAAGGCAUACUACUCGGCCUGCACAUCAAUGGUGCAGCGCGCUGGGGCUUCGACUCCAUCAUUCAAACACCAGCCGACCUCCACGAAGGUAACGACGGCAACGGAAGAAGCUGGUGGGGCGCGCAUGCACCCGUCGUGAACGCUACGGUGAGCUCAAGCGGCAACAAAGUCGAAUUGAGCUGGGGUGCCAUUCCUACGGACACCGGCGUUGAUGGUAUUAGUAUCAUGGUGAACGAUGUCGAGUAUUGGAGACGGUAUGUUGAAGAGAUGGACUACACGAAUGGCACCACUUUGGAAAAGAGGGGUAGCAGGGAAAUACAUGAGCCGUGGUUUGUGCGGCUUGCUUGGAUGAACGGUCGUGAGCAUGGGCGACAUAGCAAUCCUGCGACUUGGGAUGUCGAUGGUUCUUGGAUACCUAGCAAUCAGACGCGCCCUGACAUAUAG